GCUGGGCCUCGUCCGGCUCUUUUGAAGCCGGCCGGGGGUGGCCGGCCCUUCCUUCCGAGGCGAGCGGGGCAGGGAGGCGCGGUCGUUCGCAGGAGGGAGUGCUAGAGAGCGGGGCCGGGAUGCGGGCCCUGCGGCCUUCCGGCUGAGCCGCGCUCCGGGCCGCCAUGGAGAUCAGCCACUCAGUGAAGGAGCGCACCAUCGCGGAGAACAGCCUGGUGCUGCUCCUGCAGGGCCUGCACAGCCGCAUCACCACCGUAGAGCUGCGCGACGAGAGCGUGGCCGUGGGCCGCAUCGUCAACGUGGACGCCUUCAUGAACGUCCGCCUGGGCGAGGCCACCUUUACCGACCGCCGCGGCCUCGCCUGCCGCCUGCAGGAGCUCUUCAUCACCGGCAGGAACGUCCGCUACGUCCACAUCCCGGACGAGGUGGACAUCCGGGCCACGAUCGAGCAGCAGCUGCAGCUCAUCCACCGCGUGCGCACCUUCGGCGGCCGAGGCAAGGGCAGGACCGAGUUCCUUCGGGCAAAGCCAGCGGGCAAGUGAGCGGCCCGGCGGGCAGUCGGAGCCACGGGGCAGCCGGCGCUGGAAACCUGCUUGCUCCCGGAGACCCGUCGCUUGCUUGGGAAGGCCGUGGCGGCUUCCCCCGCUCCGGUUCAAAGGGGAAUCGGAUGGUGGCUUUCCUUUGGCAGAAUAUAAACCUCGGCCUGCCAAUAAGAAGGAGGUUUUCGGAGGCUUUUCUGUUUACAUUCUUUCCCCCCUCAAGAAUAAACUUACAAGCUUUAAAAUUCAGCCUGCUGAAAGAAAUCCAGACUGCCUGUUGGAGCUCUGCUUUUGGAUUACAGUCAUCUUUAGUCAGAAACAAAAACUGAUUUUGCACCUAAUGGGUUAGAUUUUCUGGAGCUUUUUGUAUUAAUUUGUGAAGUAAAGGAUGGCGAGCAAAAUUGCCCUCUUUUAUCUGGGGAAAACCAGACCCACAAAAAUGAAACAGUCCAGAAUUCCAGGGCUGGUUCUUCACAUUACUUCUUUAUGGUCCCUGGCCUGUAAAGAAAAAACUGCCUAAAAAUUUUAGAAUGAGGUUCAAAACCAUGCCGUUUCUGCAUGAUAUUUGAAGGCUGGGCUCAUAGCAAAAACAGAUGGUAGUGGGUACCCGUAAUUCAGUAUGAUAUAGCAAUACCAUUCUAUUAGGCCAUAAUUUGAGUUUUUGGGACUGUUACAUUUUGUUAACCUGAGUUACGCUUUGUUGCAUUGGGCCAACUCAACCACAGCUAUCCUCUGGUAGUAGAUUGCUGGAAUAAAUAUGGGUGGAAUUUUGCUUGCAAACAGUCUCAUUGAAGCUUGAUUUAGAACUGCCUGCAACUUUGUCUAGGUGUCCCUGCAUACAUACACUGCAAAAGGGCUGAUGGAUAACAUAGGUUGCAGAUGGCUGCAUUGUGCACUGCUCCCGAGUCCCAGCUGCACAUUGUGUAGAAGUGCACACCCCAGUGCUGAUUGGAUGAUCCAACUUCCUGUUCUUUGCUAUUUGAGCACCCCCUAGCCAGAACAUUACAUUUGCAGAAAUAUAAAUGGAACAUCUAUGCAGCUGUCCCCAAAUGACAGGUAUAUGUGUUCCCUGACAUACAGUGCUGGAGAUGUCUAAUCUUGGCUUGAGUCAGGCCCCAUUUUCCAACCGUUGCUGUUUUAUAGAAAUAGCAGACUUCUGUGCCACUUCACAGUGCUUUACCGCCUUUUCUAAAUGGUUUACAGUUAGCCUCUGGCCCCCAACAAUAUUUUACCAAUCUCAGAAGGAUGGAAGGCUGAGUCAAGCUUGAGCCAGUCUCGAACUGGAGUGAGCAGUGAGUUAGCCUGCAAUACUGCAUUCUAACCACUGUGCCACCACACAGUCUAGGAAGAAUUCUACCCCAGAAAAAUGAGAUUGCUCCGGAAUGAAAGCCAGCUGCUUGAAAAGGUUUCCUUUAUUGGCAAAGACAAAAGCUACUUCAGCUAUCAGUUCUGGGACAGCUAACCAGUUGGUUUGGGAAGUUGUUGCCUACUUGGGGUUGUGAGUGGUCCCCAAGGUGCGGGGUAAUGCUAAUCUUAAAUGUUCCUUUCCUUAGUCUAAUCCUAUCAGUUUGAUUUAACAAGUUGAGGCUUGCUUCUACUGCAUUGCCUAUUGCUGCUGCCUCCCUUUCCGAAUGAAAUGGGGGAGUUCUGGUUUUAUAAAUGAAUAAAACUUUGUUUCUAAAAAU